AAAGUAUCUCUCCAUAGUCCAAGACUCACUAGCUAUGAGUGGUCUCUUCCAUCAAUGCCGCUACUGAUCAAUAGCCCAUCAAUGGCCACCAACAACAUGCUAUUGCAAGUGUUUUUCAUCACUCUCACAGCCCUAAUCUCAACCUCUUCAAGCAUUGCCCACACCAACAUCUGCAGAUCCUAUUGUGGCAACAUUACCAUAGACUAUCCCUUCGCCCUUCAAUACGGCUGCGGUCACCCGGGUUUCCGGGACCUCCUCUUCUGCAUGAACGAUGUGCUCAUGCUCCACAUAAGCUCCGGCUCCUACAGGGUCCUCGAGAUCGACUAUGCCUACAGCGCCCUCACCCUCCACGACCCCCAUCUGUCCACGUGUGAGACCAUUGUGCUAGGUGGGAAGGGCAAUGGGUUCGUGGUCGAGCCCUGGCGCGGACCUUACCUGGCCCCUGAUGGCAAUAACGUGUUCCUGCUCAUUGGGUGCUCCGCACGGUCCCCACUCUUCCAAGGAUUCCCAGGGAAGCACCUGGCCUGUCGGAACGUAUCGGGCAUGGGGUGUGAGGAGUACUACAGUUGUCCCGCAUGGAGCCUUCUGGGCACGCAACGGGUUGGAAGUCGAGGUCGGGUGUAUGGGUCGGGUCCACCGGAGUGUUGUGCUCUGCCGUAUGAGGCCAUAAAGGCUAUAAACCUCUCAAAGCUAGAGUGCGAAGGCUACAGUAGUGCAUACAGUCUCGCACCCUUGCGGGUUGCUGGGCCUACUGACUGGUCGUACGGGAUAAGAGUUAAGUACUCAGUGCAGGGCAAUGACGAAUUUUGCCGAGCAUGCGAGGCUACGGGUGGCACUUGUGGCUAUGGCAGUGACGGGAUCAGGCAGAUGUGCAUGUGCGGGAGUUCUAAUUCCACAUCGAACUGCGACUCGAUUGUUUCAGGAUCGGGCAGAGGAAGAUGGAGCUUACUGAACAUAUUAACAGGGAUCCUGAUGAUAUGUGCAUCUGCACUGGUGACAACAAGGACCAACACAAGCUGAACUAUGCGCGUUCAGAAUUCAUACAGCAGCCUGUGGGACUUGAAGACAAAUUUUUGGUAAAUUCAUUGAAAGAAGAAAACGUAAUAUACAUAAGCAGAUACAGCAGCCAUUACUAUGUUAAGACAACAACAUGUAGUCUCUGGAUAUGGACACCCAUCUUUAUUCUUAUUCUUCCUUUUUUUUUUUUCCUC